AUGGCAUCCUCAAUGGCUAAACUAACUCUGACCAAGAGCUGCAACUUCAGUGUCACGGUCAGCCCAGGUCUAGGAGCAUGUGGGUGCUGGCAUCACCGCAUACACCACACUAUGGAGCUGAUCUGGGUCUUGAAUGGCAACCACAAGAGAGACAACUGGUCCAUCCCCAACCCCUGCAAGGAACCAUCUAUCUGUUGCAGCCAGGUGAAGAAAUUAAACGCCAUGAUAGCAGAGAAGAAGUCGGCUCUGGCUCCUGCUAUAAAACAGCUGAGGUCACUGAGACAGCGCAGUCAGGAGAUAAGCCAGGAAUACGAGGAAAAGAAAGCCCAGUAUGAAAGUUCUGCCGCUGGCCUGGAGAGCAACAGAUCUAAACUGGAACAGGAGGUGAAAACAUUAACAGAGGAGACGGCACAAGAGGAAAACCAAUACCAUUAUCUCACCUCUAUGUCAGAGACCAUUCAGCGCAGCAGGGCACUCGAAGAGACGAAUGCGUACAUGUCCUCUGAUCCUCAAGGGAAGAAGACUAUCAGGGAAGUCUACAUGAGGAACAUUGCAGAACAGGAGUCACUUGGAAAGACAUUGCGUGAGAAGCAGAAGCUGGUGAGGGAGAGCCACGGCGACAGCAUGGAGCAGAUGAAGAUGUGGCGUGACCUGGAACAGCUGAUAGAGUGCAAGCAGCAGUGUUUUAUCCGAGCCCAGAGCCAGGCGUCUGUUGGUCAAGUGAUCCAGGAGGGAGGAGGUGCCAGACUGGUGCUGUAGGCAGGGCCAGCGUGCACAUCACCUACACUCUCCAUCCAUCCAUCCAUUUUCUGUACCCGCUUACUCCAAUUAAGGG